AUGGAGGUGGAGAUAAUAUCUACAGAGUGUAUCAAACCCUCUUCGCCAACACCUAGUCACCUCAAAACUUACAAGCUCUCCUUACUUGAUCAAUUCUCGCCUCCAGUAUUUCUUCCAUUACUUGUCUUUGUUCCCGCAAACCAAGCCUCCACCUCUACCAAAACAUUACUAGUGUUGAAACACUCUCUAUCACAAACACUAAGUCUUUAUUAUCCUCUCGCCGGAACGGCCAACGACGGUCUUCUCUCCGUUGAUUGUAAUGAUGAGGGCAUUUCUUAUGUAGACGCUAGAGCUGACUGCAGUUUGUGUGGUUAUCUCAAGCAACCUUUGAUCAUCUCAACACUUUUAAAUUUCUUGCCGGAUGUGACUUAUACUGAAUUAACACCAGGAGAUCAUGUUGCUGUGAUACAAGGGACUCUAUUUUCUUGUGGUGGUAUUGCCAUAGCACUUGUUGUACCACACAAUAUCUUUGACGCUGCUUCUCUGAUUACAUUUAUGAAAACUUGGGCCGCGAUUGCUCGAGACUCGUCGACUGCAGGAGCUCUAGCUCCCGAUUUCAGUGCGGUGUCUAUUUUCCCUCAAAGUAGUACCCCAUUCCCUCAAGAUCUAACGGCAACUUCGGUUACCCAACAUCUCCUUACCGGAAACAAGAUGAGUAGUAAGUUCGUGGUAAGGAGGUUUGUGUUUGAUGGAUCAGCCAUAAACAAUCUCAAAGCCAAAGUAAUGAGGUCCGGCGUGCAGAACCCAACACGCGUAGAGGUCGUGUUUGCAGCCUUCCUCAAAAGCAUAAUUUCUGCGAAAUCUGCAGGUGGACAUGCCUUUUCUAGUUUGGUAACAAAUGCUGUGAGCUUGCGACGAAAGACUGUGCCACCUAUGUCAGGAAAUUUUGUUGGAAAUUUGGUUUUGAUGGCAGCCAUGCUAUUGCUAUCCCAAGGUGAUGAGGACAUGGAGUUGUGUAGUUUCGUGGUCCGGAUGAGAGAAGCCAUGUCGACGAUGGUGAAUAAUGAGCUUGUGAAGAGCCUUGAAGGCGAUGGGGGACUGAAGACGCUUUCUAUGUAUGCGGAAGAGCUCGGUGAAUUAUAUUCAAAGGCUAUGGCCAUUGGAGCUGAACCAAUAUUGUUGAAUAGCUGGUGUAACUUUGGGCUUUACGAGGUUGAUUUUGGGUGGGGAAAGCCCUUGUGGAUUCCAUUUGUUAGUGCGAACAAGUCUUUACCCAUCUUCUCAAUCUUCUUAAUGGAUACCAAAGAUGGUAAAGGAAUUGAAGCAUGGGCGAAUUUGGAUGAACAAGUGUUGGUAUGUGUGAAGGUCGAGGUUGGUUACCUUCUGGCUUUGCUUAAAGAACUCCAGCGUCUGCUUCUUCUCACUUCUCUCUCGGCAGUGGGCGGAGAAACAUCCUCUCUGCCUCGGCGGUUCUCCAACAUCGCUUAUCUUCUCGUUGGUGAAGCCAUGGCUGCCCUACUGGCUGUUCAAGAAGCCAUGGACAAUGGCGCUGCAGUAAACGACCCCAUUCUUGUGUCGUUUUGA